UGCUUAGCUCGGUGCUGAACAAUUCGGGUUUAGUUUUCGUAGUGAAAGGAAAAAUGCAGAUUUCCAUCAUUCUGUCUAUGACUGUGGCGAUAGUCAGUGCAGCUGUGAGCUCGAAACCUCAGCGAGGGACAUUUGGAGAACGUGAAUCGUUAGAACUAAAUACAUACUAUGAUGAUUAUGAUUACGACUGGGAUCGAUCUGGCAAGCGACAUCACGUAAGAACCAUCACCAAAAAGAUACCGGUCCCUUACCCAGUGGAAGUUGAGAAACAUAUCAAAGUUCCAGUACCAGUUCCAGUGCCUUACGAAAAGCAGGUUCCCGUGAUCGUCGAGAAGAAAGUUCCGGUAUAUGUAGAGAAGAAAAUUCAUGUCCCUGUAGAACGGCCGGUACCCGUUCCGUACGAAGUGCCUGUGAAAGUUCCUGUAAUUCAAAAGGAGUACGUUGAAAUUCCAAAGCCUUAUCCGGUCCAUGUGGACAAACCUUACCCGGUGUACGUGAAGAAAAAUGUUUACAUCGAGAAGCCGAUUCCCGUUACGGUUCGCAUUAAGAAACGCAAGCAUUGA